GGCGCCUCGCUUCCCCCCUCGCGCCCGCCACCUCUGCUCUUUCCCGUCCCGGGCCAGGAUGACUGGAGUCUUUGACAAUCUGGUGGCUGAUAUGCACUCAACCCAGAUCACGGCCUCCAGCACGUACCACCAGCACCAGCAGCCCCCAAGCGGCGGCGGCGCUGGCCCCGGCGGCAGCAACAGCAGCAGCCUCCACAAGCCCCAGGAGUCGCCCACACUCCCGGUAUCCACAGCUACCGACAGCAGCUACUACACCAACCAGCAGCACCCGGCCGGCGGCGGCGGCAGUGGGGGCUCGCCCUACGCGCACAUGGGUUCCUACCAGUACCACGCCAGCGGCCUCAACAACGUCCCUUAUUCGGCCAAGAGCGGCUACGACCUGGGCUACACCGCCGCCUACACCUCCUACGCACCCUACGGGACCAGUUCUUCCCCGGCCAACAACGAACCUGAGAAAGAGGACCUCGAGCCUGAAAUCCGGAUAGUGAAUGGGAAGCCAAAGAAAGUCCGGAAACCCCGCACCAUCUACUCCAGUUUCCAGCUGGCGGCUCUUCAGAGGCGUUUCCAAAAGACUCAAUACCUGGCACUCCCCGAGCGAGCGGAGCUGGCGGCGUCUCUGGGCCUCACCCAGACUCAGGUCAAAAUCUGGUUCCAGAACCGCCGGUCCAAGUUCAAGAAGAUGUGGAAAAGCGGUGAGAUCCCUUCGGAACAGCACCCUGGGGCCAGCACCUCGUCACCUUGCGCUUCGCCGCCGGUGUCGGCGCCGGCCUCCUGGGACUUCAGCGCGCAGCAGCGGAUGGGGAGCGGCGGCGGCCCGGGCAGCGGCGGCAGCGGCGCGGGCAGCUCGGGCUCCAGCCCGAGCAGCGCGGCCUCGGCUUUCCUCGGCAACUACCCGUGGUACCACCAGGCCUCGGGCCCUGCCUCACACCUGCAGGCCGCCGCGCCGCUGCUGCACCCAACGCAGACCCCGCAGCCGCACCACCAUCACCACCACCACCACCACCACCACGGCGGCGGGGGCGCCCCGGUGAGCGCGGGGACGAUUUUCUAACCCGAGGGAGACUGCGCCAGAGACUGAGAGAGCAGAGACCGGUGAUCCUCAGUGCUCGCCCCAAGAGCCAGAGGGUCCCUCCAGCUGGCCCGCGGACGCCUCCCAACUUCAGGGAGGAGCGGCCCGGGAUGGCCUGCCACGGGCCCUGCUCCCUAGCGCGGCCACCGAGCGGCCGGGAACUGGAAGGUUCUUCGAGGCCCCCGGCAAGGCCUGCCGCCUUGGCCGCCUUUCCGACCUGAGCCCCGCCUCGGA